AUGAAGAUAUUCGAGGAUGCUACACGACUACUAACUCGCAACAUAAGAAACGCAAUGGCUUGGAUGUCCGGUGCCGAUUCGAAUGUUGCUUUGGUCAAUAAUUUACAGAGCAAUAAUUUAUUCAAGGAUAAGCGUGUAAGAGAUGCUAUGCUGAAGGUGGAUCGAGCUGAUUUCACAGCUAUAACGCCGUACGGCGAUCAUCCCGUUUCAAUCGGUUACGGCGCUACGAUUAGUGCCCCGCAUAUGCAUGCGUCUUCACUAGAGCUUCUGAAGGAUCAUCUGAAAGAAGGGAAUCGAGCGCUGGACGUAGGAUCAGGUUCCGGUUACUUAACAGCCUGUAUGGCGGUUGGUAAAACAGGAAAAGUAGUUGGCAUAGAUCAUAUUCAAGCUUUGGUGGAUGAUUCAAGGCGUAAUAUCAUGAAACAUCAUGCAGAUUUAUUCACUAAUCACCGCAUAAUUCUUGUACAAGGAGAUGGUAGGAAAGGUUAUGCAAAAGAAGCACCGUAUAAUGCUAUUCAUGUCGGAGCUGCUGCACCUGAAAUCCCUGUUCAGUUAAUAGAGCAGCUUGCUAAAGGUGGAAGGAUGCUGAUUCCGGUCGGUCCUGAAGGUGGUCCUCAGCGGUUUGUACAGGUUGACAAGGAUACUGACGGUAAUGUAACGCAAAAAGACUUAAUGGGUGUAAUAUAUGUUCCUUUAACUGAUCAACAGCACCAGCUUCAUAACUGA